AUGGGAUUAACAAAAGGGAAGCGGCUAACAAUGGCCACUUUAAUUAUGCCUCCUCUAGUAGCUUUACUUUCUCUAAGCAUCCCUUUAUCAAUUACAGCCGACUAUGCAGAUAAAGCAUCAUAUAUAGCUCUUAAUCAUCCCAUCCAUGGAAAAUCUCCACCACCACCACCUCCUAAAUCAUCGCCACCGCCACCUUACAUACAUGGAGACUCACCUCCGAAGGCUCCCAAGGCUCCAAAGGCUCCAAAGACCCCAAAGGCCCCAAAGGCUCCAAAGGCACCAAAGGCUCCAAAGUCUCCAAAGUCUCCACCGCCACCUCCACCACCAGAUUCGCCUGGCAUGUCUCCACCACCACCUCCUACGUCACCGCCACCACCAACUAUGCAUGGAAGGCCUCAAACGACCACCUAG